AUGUUCUGGUCACUCGCUACCCAUCGGAAGGCACUUCUCCUCGCCUUGGUCGCUGUGCAGCCCGUAUCCUUUGUCCAAGGGCUCCCUGCAUCAGCCGCCGACGCUUUCACGACUGGCUUGAAGCGAACAGCUCUAGACCACCUCGAGCUCGAAGAAAGACAAGACAUCCCCGAGGCCCUGGCCAAGUUCCCUUCAGGGCCGUUGAAUCUGUUUCUCAGACUCAUCAGUACCCUGCCAGCGGGUGCGGCAGCACUUGAUGCAGCCGGAACGGUCCUGACCCCCCUUCAACAGGGCUUAGCGGAUGCCGUUGACAUUGACACGACGGAGGACGAUCUGUCGCAAAACGUUGCGUGCACCGACAUCACCGUCAUAUUUGCUCGUGGCACGACGGAGCCCGGAAACGUCGGACUGGUGACAGGUCCGCCCUUUUUCGACGCCCUCAACCAGCAACGGGGGUCCAAGUCCGUGGCGGUUCAGGGUGUCGAGUACCCCGCGACAUUUGCUGGGUUCAACAAGAACGGCACAGACGGUGUGCCGAGCAUGACAAAAUUCAUCAACGAAGCGGCCACCAAUUGCCCCAACACCAAAAUCGUAGUGUCUGGGUACUCUCAGGGUGCUCUGGUAGUCCGUAACACCGUCAAGUCUCUUCCGGCGGCUACCUUGGCCAAGGUGAACUCUGUUCUGACCUUUGGAGACCCUGGGAACCCGGGCGCCAUCACCGGGGCUGAAGGCAAGGCCAAAAUUAUUUGUCACGAUAAUGAUGCUGUUUGUAGCGGGGGCUUCAUCACCGUCGAUCAUUUGACGUAUGCUGAGGAUGCGGACGCUGCUGCUCAGUUUGUCUUGCAGAAAGCGAACGCCUAA